GUGGGGACCAGGGGCGGACUGACCAUUUGGAAACUCGGGCACUGCCCAAGGGCCCGGGGUCAGUAGGGGGCCCCAUGAGAUGCCCCUGCUACCUUUUUCAUAGGUUUUUUUUGAGUUUGUGCAAGGACACAGGGGCCCCAUUAUCCCCUAUUGCCCGGGGGCCCCAUGAGUUGUCAGUCCGCCCCUGCUGGGGACUGGCAACUAGUGUAAUGUCCUUUGAUCUGCUCCUACUGGAUGUGGAGUAGACCUAAAGUGCAUGUGGCAUCUGUCUUUGCACACAUGCACCUAUCAUGAACCACAUUUUACAGACUUUUUUGUGUUUGGGCAAGGACACAGGGGCCCCAUGAUCCCCUAUUGCCCGGGGGCCCCAU